UGCUAUGAUAAGAUAUAACGUCAUUGCCGAGUUCAGCUUCCAGAGCUCCGAAUUUUUGUUAUCAGCAGCUCCAUUCGAAACUUGGGAGACUUCAAUGUUUGUCCCACGAUUAAACUCGCAACGUCUACGGCAAUAUGGCUAGUAUCCGACCGCUUAGGGCGCAAGGAAUAGCUGAUUCCUUAGCUAAGGGCUUGAUUCGACCAGGCCAAUGCAGAGUCAAUGUGAAAUUGGUACCGGCGUCGCAGACACAAGUUCGGUAUAAAUCUGGACCAUAUGGCUACACGCAAGCGAAGGCUCUCGUCUUUAGCGAAUAUGGUGAACCGAAGGACGUUUUAAAAUUACAUACACACUCCAUUUCCCCGAGCCUCCCCUCCUCCUCCGUCCUCCUACGCUCCCUUGCCUCACCAAUCAACCCCGCAGACGUAAAUAUCAUCCAGGGCACCUACGGUGCCAAGCCCUCCUUCAGCACUCUUCUCGGAACCGCCGAACCCUCCGUCGUCCCCGGCAAUGAAGGCGCCUUCGAAGUAGUCUCCUCGUCAUCCCCCGACCUGCAACGCGGCGACUGGGUCAUCCCCAAGAAGACCCAAUUCGGCACCUGGCGCACGCACGCCCUCGCCCCCGCCGACACCGUCAUCAAAGUCGAGAAAGACGGCCUUAAUCCACUGCAAGUCGCCACGGUCGCUGUAAACCCGUGCUCCGCAUACCGCAUGCUAAGGGACUACGUUAAGGACCCGGGCCCCCUGCGCGAAGGCGACUGGUUCAUCCAGAACGGCGCGAACAGCGGCGUCGGCCGCGCCGCGAUCCAGCUGGGUAGGUUAUGGGGGUAUCGCAGCAUUAACGUCGUGCGCGCGCGCGAGACGCCCGAGGACACGCAGAAAUUGAAGGACGAGCUCGCUGCUCUCGGCGCCACGCACGUCGUCACGGAAGACGAGUUCCAGGCCCGCGAGUUCAGGGACCAGCUGGCGGAGUGGACGCGCGGGGCGCGCGAGGGCGUGCGUCUAGGCCUCAACUGCGUCGGCGGGAAGAGCGCGUCUACCGUCGCCAAGAGCCUGGGUAACGGGGGCACGAUGGUGACGUACGGGGGCAUGGCGCGGCAGCCGGUCGUGCUGCCGACGGGGCUGCUCAUCUUCAAGGAUAUCCGAUUCGUGGGGUUCUGGCUGAGCCGGUGGGCGGACGGGGACCCGGGGUCCAAGGCGCGCACGGUGGCGGAGAUCCUGGGGCUGGUGCGCGAGGGCAAGUUCCGCGAUACGCCCGUCGUCGAGGUGCCGUGGCAUUGGGAGACGGAUGUGCAGACCCUCAGGGAUGCGGUGCAGGGCACGCUGCAGGGGUAUAGGUCUGGGAAGGGGGUUUUUGUGUUCCGUGAUACGUAGCGAGAGAGCGGAGGGAGAGGCUAACCUAGAUGGAGGGGGGGUGUUUGCUGAAUGGUAGGUAUGGCAUCGGCUUGUACUUAAGAUAUUGGGCUAUCGUAAUGCUAUCGUGGUAUACUAUGUAGUUGAUAUAGUGUUCCAUCCCCACGGCACUCUAGAAAUAUCUGGGACUGAAUAUCUAUGCAUCACCAUGACUUGCUAAAAGCAAGCAACAAUUCCGA